AUGGACCCGCAGCAGUGGACCUGGAGUCUGCGGUUCCUGGCCGCGUGCCGCGCCAGCGUUUCGGCCCACACCACGAAAGAGCUGCUCACCCUGGCCGCCGAAAGCCGGGCCGGCUUCGAGCGGCUGAUCUCACAAGAAGACAUCGACUGCGACUUUUCAACCACCGGCAAGCUCGUGCUGUAUCCCGACGAGGCCGGGUUUGCAUCGGCGCGACGUCAGAUGGACUUGCAGCGGGCCUUGGGCACCUUGCAGCAUGCCCUGUCACCCACGGAGGCGGUUGCCGUCGAACCCACGCUGGAAGGCUACGCGGCGCGAUUUGCAGGCGCGAUCCACACCCCGGGCGAGUGCGCCGCGGACUGCUUCAAGGUGUGCCAGGAACUGCAGCGGCUGCUGCAAGCGCGCGGCGUGCGGUUCAUCUUCGACACCCCGGUCACGCGGCUGGUGCGCAGCCGUGGACGCAUCCAGUCGGCCGCCACCCCGAACGGCCCGAUCGAGGCCGAUGCCUUCGUCGUGGCACUGGGCUCGUCCUCCCAGGCACUCGCCCGCCCCCUCGGGCUGAGCGUGCCGGUGUACCCGCUCAAGGGCUACAGCAUCACCGUGCCAGCCUCGGCCGCCUCGCCCCGCGUCAACGUGACGGACGUCUCUCGCAAGGUGGUGUUUGCGCGCAUCGGCGAGCGCCUGCGCGUGGCCGGCAUGGCCGAGCUGGUGGGACACGACAGGACGAUCGAUCCAGGUCGCAUCCAGUCGCUGCUGGCGAGCGUGCGCGAUGUCUUUCCGCAGAUGGAGCCCUCCGCCGAGGUGAGCCCCUGGGCAGGCCUUCGCCCCGCCACGCCCACCGGCCUGCCGGUGCUGGGUCGAUUGCGCGGUUCGCCGUCCAAUCUGUUCUUCAACACCGGCCACGGCGCGCUGGGCUUCACCCUGGCCUUCGGCAGCGCCGAGCGGUUGGCACGCGAGCUCGCUGCCUCGUUCAGCCCAGAUGCUGCAAGGCCUGUUGCAUGCAGCGCGUGA